GGUAAUAACGCUUUAUUCUGUAUCUUGAAAGUGUUUUGUUUUCUAAGAAUUUAUUUAGUAGUUAACUUCUAUUUCAAUAUAUUUUGAUUGGUGAAAUUGAAUACAGCUUCUUCAUUUGGAUCUAUUUGGUGUGAAUAGAUUUCAAAAUGUCAAGAUACAGCAGAGCACCCAAUGACUGCAAAGUUUACAUUGGAGAUUUGCCAAAGGAUGCAUCAGAAAAAGAAAUUGAAAGAGCAUUUAGCUACUUUGGACGUCUAAGGAAUGUUUGGGUUGCUAGAAAUCCACCAGGUUUUGCUUUUGUUGAAUUUGAGGACUACAGAGAUGCUGAAGAUUCUGUGAAAGAAAUGGAUGGGACGAACAUUUGUGGCAGCAGAUGUAGGGUUGAAUUGUCAUCAGGAAAAGUGCGUCCUAAGCCAUGGCUAAGGGGAGGCAGAGGACCACCUAGAAGCAGGCGAGCAUUCAAUCCAGAUGAUAGAUGUUAUGAGUGUGGUGAAAGGGGACAUUAUGCAUAUGAUUGUUCUCGCAAUAGGCGAGGUGGUGGUGGCUCAUCCAGGCGCAAGUCAAGAUCUGCAUCAAGAAGUUAUUCUCGCAGUAGAAGUCGUGGUCGUAAGGAUAGCAGAUCAAAGAGCAGGUCACCACAAGCCAGAUCCCGUUCUCCAUCCUCUCGUUCACCAUCUCACCAUUCCAAAUGAGACAGAUGGUUCAUGUUUUGUUUUCAUCAUUGAACAUUUUUUUAAACCUGAGCACAUUUUUGUAUGAAUAAAUGUAGACAUUUGGAGUGAAAGUGUUCUGUUUUUAAUCUAUAAUUUUAUUCAGUGUUUAGCACAGAACCAAAUAUUUACCUAAAUUAUUCUCUAAAUCUUUAAGUUCAAGUGUUGAAUCAUGCAAAUUAUUUCCCAAGUUAAGUCUGUUGAAAAGUUGGUGUAAUCUGAUCAUGUGUUAUCUCAUUAUGUAAAUAUCAUAAUCUUUUUGUGGUGUUUUUUUAAAUGUUGUAGCGUUUUUCUUUUUUAAAACCAGUAUGAUGUCCAUUUUCUUUGUAGCACUGUGAACUUGAUGUUUUACAUUGGAUUUAAUAAAAAUGAAGCUAUAAUUUA